AUGGCGCGCCCGCGCAUCCCCGCCUUCUAUGGCAUCCUCCAGUUCUGCCUGCGCCUGGCCCUUGUCGUCUUCGAGGUGUGCGCUCUCGCCGCCCUCAUCAUCCUUUCGAGAUACGGCUUCCACUUUCCCCUCGGAUAUGUCACUUCCAUCUCCGGCAUCAUCUUCUCCAUGGCCGAGAUGGUGACACUUGCCAACUCGACCGGCCAGAUCCCGCGCAUGCGCACCGGCGCCAUCGUCGUCGCCGACUUCGUCCUGUUCGUCCUCGGCCUCGUCGCCUUCUUCUACUUCAUCAUCCUCAACGGCUGGCGCAACGGCAGCCCCAAUCGCGAGUACCGCGCCUGGCGUGACGACCCCUUGCGCGUCGAGAAGAACACCUGGGCCCCCUGGUACAUGUGGCUGCAGCUCAUCGCCGCCGUCAUGCAUUUCCUCUACAUGAUCAUGCACUGCAUCGACGCCUGCAAGGAGGGUGGGCCAGAGGGCCAGCGCCGCCGCCAGCGAAGGAGGAGGAUCCGCGAAGCCGAGAGGAGGGACCGCAGGGCCGCGAGGGCAGCCGCCUCGGCCCCGCCUGGGGACCCCGAGACGGCCCAGGUGUCGACGAGCUGA